UAUUGUUAUGUUAAAGAAGAGAAAACAGAUGAUGUAGAUGAAUAUUGUCAUGUUAAAGAAGAGAAAACUGAUGAUGUAGAUGAAUAUUGUCAUGUUAAAGAUGAGAAAACUGAUGAUGUAGAUGAAUAUUGUCAUGUUAACGAAGAGAAAACUGAUGAUAUAGAAUGUCGAGUUUAUACUGGCGAUAAAACAUAUAAAUGUGGUGUUUGUAGUAAAUCAUUCACUAGAAGCUAUGAUCUAAAGAGACACACAAGAAUUCAUACUGGCGAAAAACAUUAUCAAUGUAACAGUUGUAAUAAAUCAUUUACUCAACACAGUUCUCUCAAAAAACAUAUUCAAAUUCAUACUGGUGAAAAAAAUCAUAAAUGUGAUGUUUGUAAGAAAUCAUUUACUCAGAGUAGUACUCUACAAAAACACCUUAGAAUUCAUACUGGCGAUAAACCUUAUAAAUGUGAUGUUUGUAGUAGAUCAUUUGCCUUUUCUAGUUAUCUGCAAAGUCAUUUGAGAAAUUGUUCAGGACGAAAGCCUUAUAAAUGUGAUGUCUGUAGUAAAUCAUUUGCUCGAGAACAAGAUCAACAAAGGCAUAUGAGAAUUCAUUCUGGGGUAAAACCUUUUAAAUGUGAUGUUUGUGGCAGAUCAUUCACCAUUCGUGGAAAUAUGCAAUCUCACUUGAGAAGUCAUACCGGUGAAAAACCCUAUAGAUGUGAUGUUUGUAGGAAAUCAUUUGCUCGGAGAUGUCAUCUACAGAAACACAUGAGAAUUCAUACAGGUGCAAAACCUUAUAAAUGUAACGUUUGUUUUAAAUCUUUUAAUCAGAGUAGUAAUCUAAAAUCGCACAUAAGAAUUCAUACUGGCGAUAAACCUUUUACAUGCAAUGUUUGUAGUAAAUUAUUCACAGACAAUGGUUGCCUGCAGAGGCACAUGAGAAUUCACACUGGUGAAAAGCCAUAUAUAUGUCAUGUCUGUAGUACGUCCUUCACAGAAAGUGGCAACCUACAUAGACAUAUCAGAACUCACACCGGCGAAAAGCCAUAUAGAUGUGAUGUUUGUAAUACAUCAUUUACAAAGAGGGAUCAGCUACGGAGACACAUGGGAAUUCAUACUGGUGAAAAUCCUUACAAAUGUGAUGUUUGUAGUAAAUCAUUUACUCGGAUUCGUCGCCUACAGAAACACAUGAAAAUUCAUACCGGUGAAAAUCCUUACAAAUGUGAUGUGUGUUGUAAAUCAUUUUAUCACAUUCGUCGCCUUCAAACACACAUGAAAAUUCAUAAUGGUGAAAAACCAUAAUAAAUCAUUUAAUCACAUCCUCAAUUCUCCCGUCAAAAGGCAAAACCUAGUAACUCACUGUUUUCUUAUUUUGAGAAAACAAAGGAAAACGUAAUGAAUGAAUGUUAAACCCCAGCUCAUCCAUUGAUUUGACUAUUGAGUUACUAGGUUUUGCUGUGGUAUACUAGGCAAAUGAAGGAAGUUGCUAGGUUGAGUGAUGGAUGUAACUGCUAACAAAAUCACAAGAUUGGAAUAUCUAGUACAACAGGAAGCACAUACCCUAGUAACUACAAAUUUGGUCCUAACUUAAUUUUGAUAAAAAAGCGAGUUACUAGGUUUUGCCUUUUGACGGGAGAAUUACCCUGUAAACUUUUAAACCUUUUAAGAUCAUAUAUACGUUAAAGAUGGGUUCCCAGAAAAGUAUUUAUCGGGUGGUUAUUUCCAAUAAAAGUAUGGCAAUUUUGGUAUAUAUGGAAAGUAGAGAUAUCCAAUCUUACUAGAAAAAUACUGGAUUCCCCGAAAAACAUUCAUGGAGCGUAUACUGGACAAAAA